UCUUUCUUCCACCGCUUGCGAGAGAGGCCGGGGGAUCUCUCGUUCAUUUUUCCAGGAAAAUCUGGCGAGAAAAUCUCCAUUGAUCCUCAGAGCAGGAAAAUCAAACUUCUGAUCUAGAAUAGAACAGGUUUGAUUUUCCCCCGGGAAAUGCUGAUGGAUCGAGAGAGACGGUUUUCCGGUCCCAAUGGGACUCACGAUUAUAGCUACGGAAAAAUUCGGGAUGAAAAUGGUUACGGAAUCUCAGAUCGAUCGGAUGGAUACCGCGAGAGGAGUCCCUCGAGGCCAUCUGCUUCGAAAAUCUCGUGGAUCAUGUCGCCGUCAUCGUCUCCGCCGCCGUCGACUUCUUCUCCGCCGUUGCCUUCCUCCUUCUCUCCCGGCGCUGGCUAUAUCGAACACCGGAUCUCCAAGUUCGAUACCCUCGCAGGCAUUGCCAUAAAGUACGGUGUCGAGGUGGCAGACAUAAAAAAGAUGAAUGGCCUUGUGACUGAUCUUCAGAUGUUUGCUCUCAAGACUCUCCAGAUUCCAUUGCCUGGGAGACAUCCUCCCUCGCCUUGUUUGUCCAAUGGCUCCUUGAAUCCUGGAGAGGGCAGUUCUGAGCAGGCUUCACCAUGCCACGAACAGACACUGUCAUGUUGUGAUAACCAAGACUUCUUCGAUUCCUUCCGAUCUUUGAGAUUGAAAUCUUCUGAAAGGAAAGACAAGAACGUAUCUGCAGCGAUGGAUUCGUUGCAGGGAUAUUAUGGGCUGAAACAUUCUGACAGGACUGUUUCUGAAGGUUUCGACAUGGCGGUCCACAAGAAAGUAGAAGAUGAUCGGUACCUUAGACCCUCCCCAGCCACCAACCCUCCUCUAAGCCAUCACAGGAAGUCGAGGAGCUUAGUAAACGCCCUUCUGGCGGAGGUAAACGAGUCAGAGGCAGGAGAAAUCAAUUCCGACAAAUGGAACGAGAAGUUAAUGAGAAGACGUCAGAAAUCUGAGGCGGACUUUACUUCAAGAACCCCGGAAAUGCUGCUGAAGGAGGAUAACAGCAGUAAUGGUGGGUUCUCGGCAAUAACCGGAAAAGGGUUAGCCCUAAGAUCCAAAGCUUCGAGUAGAAAUAAUCUCUCGACAGAGCCCGGAACUGGUAAUGCGGGCCCGUUUCCGUUAAACUUGAUGGAUUCUCCUGCAGGAGAGAGCUUUACUAGUGUGAGGAAGUCAUCAAGUGCCUCGAGCCUACAAGAAGAGGACGGUAAUAACAAUACCUCGUCACUGUGGCCAGCCGGAAAAUGGAGCCUGAAGCCUGAGCUUCUAACGCCGGCGGCUAUCACGAGCUCCAUCUUUGAUGGGUUACCAAAGCCAUUAACAGGACGGAGAAACAAAGCAGCUCUGGACUGAAGGUGAGUCAGGUAUUUGAUUGAAAGUUCACAUUUUUUUGGCGUCAUCGGGUGAUUUAUACAUAAAUUUGGGAAAGCAUGAAAAAGGGUUGGUUAGCUAAUGCGCGGAGUAAAUAGAAAGUAAAGAGAGAUUAGCAAGAGGAGAAAUGGAGGAGGAAGAGGAAGAAGUGGAAAAAUAAAGGAAUUGUGAUUAUACAGUAUGUAUGUAGUAAUGUUAAGGUUCCUUUUUUUGUAAUUUUGUAUUAACUUUGGGUUUUGCUACAUGGGAUUUCCUUCAAAAGAUGAACCAAUUUGAAAUGUUAGAAAAACUUUUGUAUCUGAAGGUUAAAUUCUUUAUUCUUUGCCUUUAGCCUUGAUGAGGGGAGUUAUGGUAUAUGGAAUAUUUGUUCAAUAAUACCCCACAUUGAAUGUGUUCUCGUA